UGCCCCACAGUGUUUGAGAGGGGUUUUGAGUGUUUGACAGGUUAAAUUUAGCCUAUUGAUGUAAGCUGCAUUCCAUUCACAACAGACACAGGGACACACUCACAGAUUGGCUUUAGUGUCAGGGAGUGUGAAGAUCAGGGAAGAUCAAACUACCUACUGUAGGUUGACCCCUGAGUCUACGUGUCUCCCCUUCAAGGAUACAAGUUGCACACUAGGGACACCAUCACAGUCCUCCUGAGUUCUGCCAACCUUGCCAAAGCCACAAUGUCACAAUUCUGUACAAUGCCAACUGGAGAGAGGAAGAAGUGUGCAGCAGCAAUUUGCCGAGAGGUCCAUGGUACCAAUGGCGACAUCAUGGAUCUCGGAAAGAAGCUCAGCACUCCUAAAGACAUUAUGUUGGAGGAGCUAUCAUUGCUUUCCAACAGAGGUUCUCGGCUUUUUAAAAUGCGCCAGAGGAGGUCUGACAAAUACACAUUUGAAAGUAUCCAAAAUGAGGCAAACGCACAGCUAAAUAAUGAAAUUUUAGCUGAGAAUACACACAGUGUGGAAAUUAAAGUGGAUGCACCCACCCAUGGAAAUGCUGCUGAUGCACAAAACACUGUUUCAGACGCGACUGCAGAGAAGUUGAACACCACAGCUAUGCCCAAGUCCUAUCACUCUCCGUGGGAAGAGGCGAUCCUCGGUGACCCCGACCUCGCUGAAACUCUCAAACUAAGAAUGCCUGUGCUGGACCAACAAGCAGAGCUGCCUGAAUAUAAAAGCUUUAACCGAGUUGCCACUCCUUAUGGUGGCUUUGACAAAGCUCCCAGAGGAAUCACAUUCAAACUCCCAGAGGUGGACCUGAACCCACCUGGAUACCCGGAGCUCCAGGAGCCGGGGAUUAAGCGGCCCACCUUCAACAGGACAGCCCAGGGAUGGAUAUCUGAGGGAACCCAUCUGAUCCUACCCACAGUUAUCCUGGAGCCCAUCCAAGUCCCCGAGUCUGAUGACCUGUAGAUGAUUUAUGUGAUCUGGCAACAUGAUGUUGGCUGUAAUACUGUGGCCCAGGCCUGUGGUGACAGAAAAAACAGUCAAUUAGUAAAGCAGUUUCAAAGCCUUACCAGUAUUUUGGAUUGUUCCCAUGCAAUGGACACAAAAUGUUUCAUGCUUUUGUUCUUCAGCUGAGUUCAGUAUAUUUGCUGUACACUAGAAAAACAGUUACCAAAGAAUAUCAUGUAAAUAGCAAAAGCAGUGUGCUAUACAUAAUUCAAGAAAUCCAGAGUUUCCACUGAUACCUAAAAAACUAAAUUGUAAAUUUUAUAAAUUUUCAAAUGAAUGGAUAAAUAUGCAAAUGUAAAUAAGAAUGCAAGUUAUUUAUUGAUGGCACACAAUCAAAACUGGAACAUGCAGUAAGUUAUAUUUAGUUAUUUUUAGUGUGUAGUAUUUUUGUUAUAUGUAUAGUACAAAAAAUAUAUUGGAAUGCACAUUAGUAAACAAACUGAUGCUGAAAAUUUCACAUUAAAUCAAGCAAAGCUGAAAUUUUCAUGUAUAGAUUUAUAAAAAAUUAAAUAAAAGUUGAAGCUCUUAUUCAUGUCAAGGGCCCAUAUCAUCGCUGUAUUUCUACAGUGUUGAAGCAGAAGGAAAAAGGGAUUUAAAAGUCCAACCAAGAUUAAUUUAUCUUGUGAAAAAUCACAGAGAGGUUACCAAUCUGGGAGGAAGACAGAGGAGCCUGGACUUUGACCUGUGAUGGCAUGGAGCUGUGGAAAAGCGCUUCUAAUUAGAAAACUCUGCACUUCAUGGACUCGAAAACUUUGAGUUUAGAUGUAUUUCAUACAAGAAAUAACCACACCCUGCAGAGAACAAUGUAAAAUGGAUACCGUCACACCUGCCUUGUCUGGAGUGCAAUGACAGUAAAGAGGAAAUAUAGAGGUUU